AUGGAGAAGGGGAAAGAGAACGGCGUAACAAACAAAUUACUAUCUGAAAUCAUCAACCAGAUGAAAGAACACAACGAGCUGUUGAACAACAUUCAAAGCCAACUAAAGACUUACCGGCGACCGGACAUAUUUGGGCAGCUUGCUGCGUUCUCGACCUCCGCCGCAGCCGUCUAUCAGAUUAAAAGACUAGCAGACGAGGUCGAGCGUUGCGCCGGCUUUCUAAAGGGCAUCGAGCAGAAUCUAAGCUCACACCAUAUCCGCGGCGAACACUUUCCGCAACAUGUCCAUUCAUAUGUACGGUUAUUGAUUGAGAAACACGCUUCGGAUGCCGUUCCCCACUAUUUUACCGUGUUCAACAACAGCGAUCUGUGGCAUCCCAAGUUUGCCGACAUCCAGCGCGGAGAUCCCUUCGGCCCAUCAUAUCUGGGGCAUAAAACGGAUCUCGAUGAACUAUGCGCAUUCUUGGCAGAAGAAGUACGCCCUAGAGUUGAACAAAGUGCUGUUUUGCAUAUUUUAAUGCCUACAGUCGGUCCUCUAUCUCUUGAAGAGGCAGUCAAGUUUCCAGAAGCCAUGCGCCCAUUCAAGAUUGACGGACAAAUCGGCGAUGGGGGAACGAAAUUUGUAUACAUCUGUACCCCGGAAGCGCAAGACCAAGAAUACCUGAGCGGAGUCGGAGUUCUCAGGCAGAGGGAGAUUUGGAAGAUGCAGGGAGGGAUAGGGAUCCCUUUGACACCGCUGCAGACGUCUUUUCAUCAAUAUUUCGUCGAUCCCAAGUACAAGGUUGGGACUGAGGUGGGGUUGCUACUCGCCGGUGGGAUAUACUAUUGUCUUGGACUCGAGCCUCCAAGAACACUGGGUCAGCCGACAGCACGGCCGUGGUCGUGA